AUGUCUCAAGUUGUUGGCAAGGCCGCUAUAGUCAUUCGCGGUCUCGAACGCGAGGCCGACCAGCUCGCAAGGCAGAGUGCCUACGACAACCUCGGCUUGCGUCCCCUUUCGGCUUGGGAGAGUGAUCAUCAGCCCACUCCUCGCCCAUCAUCACCCAACGGCGUAGCCAACUUUUACCACCCAUUUGCCCAUACUCGCAGUACCAGCAGCAACAAGUCCGAACCCUUCAGUCACGAGCAGGACAGCAGAAGCGACAAGGAGAACAUUCGUCCGCCUUGUGGGACCGCGACCAUCAGCCACACGCACGAACCAUCAUCCGUCUCAACCUCUACCAAGCCGGCCCAUCAGAUUGAUGGCAGUGAUGGAUCCAGUGUCAUUCUACCUAUCCUCGUCAACCUCCCUACCCCUCUCCCCGACCUGCGCUUGGACGACAACCACUCUCACCAGCACCCCAUUGCCCCUGCCUACGCCACCGAGAACGCCGUUCCUCGUGUGGCGCGUUCCCCGCCGGCUGUCUCCGCCCCACUUGCAGGACCCGACAUGGACGUCGACUGUGACGACGGGCUCGCCUCGCUCUGGGACAGCGAAGACGAGAGCUAUGACGCUGAUCAGGACGAGGAGCUCAAGACGGUCACCAUCCGUUGUAUCGUCCCCAGUCCUUUGACCAGCGAGCAAAUGUGGGAGAUUAUGGAAACUCCGCACAUCACGUACGACGAGGCCUGCCAUUUCAACACCACUUUCAGUCGCAACACCACUUCGUCCGCGUUCCGCCGUUUUGCCGUCACUUUCAAGGAGUGGAAACGUUUUAGUGGAGAGGACUGUCUCCGUCAUCAAGUGCUCAUUGGUCUCGGAAAUUACGUCCCUGCCACAUACUGGUCUAACGGCCACCAUUUUUGCGACUACGCCGAGCUCAUCGCAAACACCGUCGCCCACGCGUCUGGGUGCCCGGCCAACGACGUAUGGGAAAAGGUGAUCAUCCACACCUCGGCCCUCCGCGCCUACUUGUUUAAGAAGGGCGCCUUCGCGGGCUGGCUCCCUCUCGACUUCUGCAUCCCCGCUUGGGAAGUCACUGUGGAGCGUCUCGAACAGGUGGUGCGCUUCCAUGCCGACACGAACGCGACGUUUGGUGGUAAGUUGAUGGACGUUGACGCGUUCUUCUACCCGGCUUGGGACUCGCGCAAGAUCAUGCAUGCUGCAAUGAAGAAGCGGGAUGGCUGGAGGGGAGUAGGAUACUGCGACUCUGAGAAUGACUCUGACGCCGCGUCGCCAGAAACAGAGAGGGGCCACUUCUCGGUUGUUGUUUAG